UGAGGACUAUCUGUGGAAUGAUGAAAACUGCAAUGCCAAGAAGAGUUUCGUCUGUCAGUAUGACAAGAAACCCAAGCCCGGACAAUCCCCCGAGAAGAACCUUGACGUGGAAGUCACGCCCAUCUUCAACUUCUACUCCACCCUUUUCACCUGGGAGGAGGCUUUCGAUGCCUGCAAGGCAUCCAAGGGUGCCCUGGUGCGCAUCCACAACGAGGAGAGGCAACGCUUCCUGGAGGAAUUCUUCAGCAAGAACGACAAUGUUAACGGACAGUUCUGGAUAGAUGCCUCGUACCGUGUCAAGCACAAGAAGAUCGACGAUUGGGUGUACUCCAACGGAGCCAAGCUGGACUACAACAACGGCCUGCCUGAGGAAAUGAACCAGAGGGGGAAACAGUGUGCUCACUUUGGCACUGAGUCAGAGCCCAAGUUCCAGUGGACCUCCGGAAGUUGUCGGGAGAAAAAAGGCUUCAUCUGUGAGAUAUUCCCUGACAAAGAGGGCAAGGCCGUCGGUCAGCCGGCUCGUGAUGCGUCCUCCUACCAGGUCACCCUGGAUGUGAAGAAAGACCUGAAAACAUGGCGAAAAGCCAAGCGCUCUUGUGAGAAGUGGGGCGGCCAUCUUCUGCGAAUCCCCGAUGCUGUAUUCCAGGGCUUGAUUGAAGAUACUCUGGACAGUAUGACAACAAAGCCAGAAGACACUUUCUGGAUCGACGCCCACUUUGACAAGAAAAAGAUGCAAUACAUAAACUCCAACAAUCAGAAGGUGGACCAUUCCAAUUUUGCAAAGGGGUUCCCCGUUGGCGGAUGUGCAUAUCUCAUUAAAAGAGGGGAGGAAUGGAAGUGGGAGGACGGUGACUGCAAUGCACAAAGACAAUCCAUCUGUGCACGGGCAACGCAGAACGGUAAACCAACUAAACCAGCCAAACCAUCUCGUGACGACACCCAGAUGCAACUCCCUAUGACGUUCCUGCAGUACUACACCGGCUACAUGUACACCUGGCAGGAGGCUGCGGAAUACUGCUCCAAGGAAGGGGACGGUAGUGGUCACCUGCUGAGGAUAGCUGACCAGCAGAUGUUUAAUGAGGUGGUCAAGGCCAUCAAGGGCUCUGCUGCCAAUUUCUGGUUGGACGUAAAUGACCUGAUGUCGGAGGGAAAGUUUGUCUACUCUGACGAUUCGCCCUUGGGGUAUGCCAACUGGUUUGAGAUAGACGGUGUGGAGAAGCAGCCCGACGGAGGCAAUGUGGAAAACUGUGUCUACAUGAGCUACUCGGAUGACUUUGAGUGGCACGAUGGCAACUGCAAUGACAGAAUGAGUUUCAUCUGUGCCUUCACUAAGAAGCCUGUUAAGAAGUCUCCGCCUAGAAUCCCAGAGGGCGCUGUGAUUGAUAAGACACAACCCGUGCUGCUUGCUGAACCAUCCACCACACCGGCACCAGAUAUUAACGCAAUCGUGACCUACGAGGGGUCAUCAGCCGACCCCGAGCACGGCCCGGGCUCCAAGACCGGCUGGAUCGCAGCCCUGUCCGACCGCAACCAGUACGUCAUCUUCAACUUCAAUCGGUUUGUGCGCGUGGAUGAGCUGAUUCUGCGGGGAGUCAACGUCCCCGGAUACAUGGCCUGGAUCACUAAGUUCAGGCUGCUGUACAAGCGAUCACCGGAUGCGGAUUGGACGCCUUAUGUGCAGUUUGAUGGCACGAGUGAAUUUGACAACGUUGUCACGGAUCCAGACAAGCGCGCCACCUUCCUGUUUGAUCCGCCGAUUUUGGGAUCCCUGAUCAAGUUCCAGCCAAUCAAAUGGAAGAACGCAAUUGCUGGCCGCUUCACCUUCAACGGGAGGCCCUCUGCUGCACCAAUGGACAUAUCUGAUAAGGUGAAGUACAAGACGUCCUCGGUCGUCCGUAGGUUCACGCCGGGCAGCAAGUACGGAUGGGUGGCCAGGAAGUCCGACAGCAGACAGUACCUGAUAGCGGACUUUGGACAGAACGUUGAGCUGUACUGUGUGGAUAUAGAGAAGGUCAUCAUGGGUAGUCGAGGUGGAUGGAUCAAAGCCCUGAAGAUGGAGUACAGUAAUGACAAGGAUACAUGGCUGCCUUACACACUGGAUCCAGCCGAUAAGGAUGGGAUCAUUGAAGUUAACUAUGGCGACUCUGCAUUAGCUAGGAUUAGGAACAGUGUGCCCAUCGUGGCUCGCUAUAUCAAGAUAAUUCCCAUCAAAUGGCACCAGGCCAUCGCCGGCAAGUUCAGAUUCUUAGGGUACAGAUACAAAGGUCUGAAUUUCCGAGUGCUAGGUUCCCAGAGUAAGAAACGCAUAGCAUCAGAUCAAGGGGUCCCAACGGUAACUUCCAGUGAAGUGGAAGAUGAAGAGACUGGCCUUGCCUACAACUUGGUGGACUUUAUCGACUCCUACUACGCCAGCGCCUCGGCCAAGGACUUCAGUCCUGGCAGCCCCCAGGGCUGGCUGUCCCCCUUGGCCUCCGCCGAUCAGUUCCUGACGGUGGUCUUCCAGGAUUUGGUGCGGAUUCGGCGUCUGAAGCUGAAGGGCAUCAAGCUGGAGAACUACUCGGCUUGGGUCAAGAAGUUCCGGCUGCUGUACAAGACCAAAGAGGACGAAGACUGGACAGUGUACAUGUACGAUGACGAUGAGGAUGAAUUUGAGGUUCCCAAGGAUGCCAGUCCGGACCGGAUGACGACCUUUGACCUCCCCAGCCCCAUUAGGGCCAAGUAUGUCAAGUUCCAGCCAGUGGAAUGGGAGAAGGCAAUAGGAGCCAAGCUUUUCUUCUACGGCAGCCGACGGCUAGGGAAGUACACACAACUUCGCGAGAGACGGACCAUGAGGCUCUACUACUCCUUCCAUGAGAUCCAGGCAUCCUGGUCCAAAGCUAAGGCAUCCUGCAAGGCCAACGGUGGCUCCCUGGUCCGUGUUUUUGCUCCUAGAGUCCAGGAGGCUAUCGUUGAUCACAUUGAAUCCAUCAAAAUUGAAGGUGAUUGGUGGAUCGAUGCUUCAGAUGCUACCACAGAGGACCAAUGGUCAACCUCGGUUGGACCUCUGCCGUAUGCUGAUUGGCUGAGUGGAAAGAAGCCUGACAGUGACGAGAACAAGGACUGCGGAUUCCUAAUGUACGCUGAGAACUACCACUGGGACCAUGCUGACUGUGAAGACGCAAAGCACUACAUUUGUCAGUAUGAGAGAGAACCAGCCAAGAAGCCUUUGAGAGCCCGCUUUGCCAGCAUCAGGCUCUUCAGCUAUCGGUUGUUCAGCGGCAGACUGGCCUGGGUCGAGGCACAGGCGGCCUGCCGGGAGCGCGGGGCCGGCCUGGUGCAGAUCCCUGACCCUGCAGUGCAGAACUACCUGAAGAAAUCCAUGAAAACCAAAGAAAGAACUUGGCUGGAUGUCACCUACAAUGUUGCCUUCCCUGAGACUAACGCCUGGCUGUGCAGCGCUGGAAUGCCAAUGGCCUACAACAAUGGCCUCCCCUUGGAAAUAGAAGGGCAAUCCUGCGCCAUCGCUGGCGGACAGAGUUUUUCAUGGAGUCCUGAAGAAUGUAAAGAGAAGCGUUCUUACAUUUGCCAGCAGCAACCAACCUCCCAACAAGAACCUCCCGCAGCCGACGACCCCCAGAAGCCCCAAGAAGUCACCGGCGCCAAGAAGCAGAGCUUCCAGAUUGUCAGGAUGGUGGGUGGCUACUCUUGGGGCGAUGCCAAGAAGUACUGCAACAGCCGGGGGGCUCACCUGCUGCGCAUCGAGAGCCAGGAGGAACAGAACCUUGUGGUCAAUUUCCUGGAGACCAACAAAUUGCAAGAUGAAUUCUGGCUGGAUGCUGAAGUCCCGCGUUCAGGAGGGAAAUGCAUGAAGAGCAACAGGCAAGAGGUGACUUUCAACAAGUUCCAGGUGCAGAAUGGCCGCUCCAGGCGUAGACAAGGAUGCGUUUAUUUCUCAAAUGAAGAUGGUUGGAGUUGGAAAUUCAGCAGUUGCAGUGACAAGAAGAAUUUCAUCUGUCAAGCAGAUGGCGAUGAGCGUCUAAUAGUCCCCCAGGAACCCCAAAGAGACAUGGUCCCGACUCCCCAACUCAAACCAGUCACGGUCUACUACCAGUUCUUCCGGGGCGACCUGUAUGCCUCCACGUGGGCGGAGGCUGCCCAGUAUUGCCGGAAGGCGGGAGGCGGGUCGGGUCACCUGGCUCGGAUCAGCGACCAGGAGACCAUGGACUACAUCAUCAAGAUGUUGAGCCGAGGAAAGAGUGGCAAGAGCUUGAUCGGCAAUUUCUGGUUUGAUGCCAGCGAUGUCAUCACUGAAGGGAAGUACGUCGAUAGUAACGGCGAAGCUCUCGACUACACCAAUUGGUUCUCGGUUGGUAAUCAGCAGGAGCCUAGUGGCGGCACAGCUGAGAAUUGUGCAUUCAUAAGCACUGAGCAUGGAUUUAAAUGGCAUGAUGAGGCCUGUGAUCACACCCUGGAUGGUUUCAUAUGUCAAUUCAACACCAAGCCAAAAGUCAAGCCCAGUCUUCCCCAGCGGGACUUUGAGCGCAUGACGGCCCUCCGCGCCGACCUGUCCUUCCCUAAGGGGAGGUUCACCUGGCGCACCGGGGCGAGUUACUGCCAGAGGAAGUACCCAGCCAAUGGAGGCGGUCACUUGCUGCGAUUCGGGGACCAGGAACAGGAGGCUCAGAUCGUCAGCGGGCUGUUUGGGCAAAACAAACUCGGAGACUUUUACCUUGAUGGCAGACUCCAGCCUGACGGUACCUGGCAGGACUCCAACGGAGUGGUUCUGCCCUUCACUAACUGGCUGGACGAUGAGCCUCCGCAGGAUGAGGACCAUACAUGCGCUGUUCUCAAGCUGAAAAAAGGCGGGAGCUACGCAUGGGGAGCCAACAACUGCAAGAAGGCUCUUCCUCUCAUCUGUGUUAACUAUGUGUCAGGGCCAAAAGCUGACCUGAAGGGCAAGCGUAUCCGUGUCAAGGACAAAAAUAGAUCUUCAAGUUCAGGAAGUAGUAAAGUGAAGAAACUCAAGUCCAGUAAAAAGAUCAAAUCAAGACCCGCUUCUGAUGAUCUAGUAUCUAAGAGAGUAAAGAAACAGAAGGGUUCCAGUUCAGGCAGUGGAAAAGCUAAGACAAGAAAAUCCACCAAGAAGAUCAAGUCCAAACCAGCUUCUGAUGAUCUAGCAUCUACUGGAGUAAAGAAACAGAAGGGUUCCAGUUCAGGCAGUGGAAAAGCUAAGACAAGAAAAUCCACCAAGAAGAUCAAGUCAAAACCAGCUUCUGAUUAUCUAGCAUCUACUAGAGUAAAGAAACAGAAGGGUUCCAGUUCAGGCAGUGGAAAAGCUAAGACAAGAAAAUCCACCAAGAAGAUCAAGUCCAAACCAGCUUCUGAUGAUCUAGCAUCUACUAGAGUAAAGAAACAGAAGGGUUCCAGUUCAGGCAGUGGAAAAGCUAAGACAAGAAAAUCCACCAAGAAGAUCAAGUCAAAAGCAGCUUCUGAUGAUCUAGCAUCUACUGGAGUAAAGAAACAGAAGGGUUCCAGUUCAGGCAGUGGAAAAGCAAAGACAAGAAAAUCCACCAAGAAGAUCAAGUCAAAACCAGCUUCUGAUGAUCUAGCAUCUACUAGAGUAAAGAAACAGAAGGGUUCUAGUUCAGGCAGUGGAAAAGCAAAGACAAGGAAAUCCACUAAAAAGAUCAAGUCAAAACCAGCUUCUGAUGAUCUAGCAUCUACUAGAGUAAAGAAACAGAAGGGUUCCAGUUCAGGCAAUGGAAAAGCAAAGACAAGAAAAUCCACUAAGAAGAUCAAGUCAAAACCAGCUUCUGAUGAUCUAGCAUCUACUAGAGUAAAGAAACAGAAGGGUUCCAGUUCAGGCAGUGGAAAAGCUAAGACAAGAAAAUCCACCAAGAAGAUCAAGUCAAAACCAGCUUCUGAUGAUCUAGCAUCUACUGGAGUAAAGAAACAGAAGGGUUCCAGUUCAGGCAGUGGAAAAGCUAAGACAAGAAAAUCCACCAAGAAGAUCAAGUCAAAACCAGCUUCUGAUGAUCUAGCAUCUACUGGCGUAAAGAAACAGAAGGGUUCCAGUUCAGGCAGUGGAAAAGCUAAGACAAGAAAAUCCACCAAGAAGAUCAAGUCCAAACCAGCUUCUGAUGAUCUAGCAUCUACUAGAGUAAAGAAACAGAAGGGUUCCAGUUCAGGCAGUGGGAAAGCUAAGACAAGAAAAUCCACCAAAAAGAUCAAGUCAAAACCAGCUUCUGAUGAUCUAGCAUCUACUGGAGUAAAGAAACAGAAGGGUUCCAGUUCAGGCAGUGGGAAAGCUAAGACAAGAAAAUCCACUAAGAAGAUCAAGUCAAAACCAGCUUCUGAUGAUCUAGCAUCUACUGGAGUAAAGAAACAGAAGGGUUCCAGUUCAGGCAGUGGAAAAGCUAAGACAAGAAAAUCCACCAAGAAGAUCAAGUCAAAACCAGCUUCUGAUGAUCUAGCAUCUACUAGAGUAAAGAAACAGAAGGGUUCCAGUUCAGGCAGUGGAAAAGCUAAGACAAGAAAAUCCACCAAGAAGAUCAAGUCAAAACCAGCUUCUGAUGAUCUAGCAUCUACUGGAGUAAAGAAACAGAAAGGUUCUAGUUCAGGCAGUGGAAAAGCAAAGACAAGAAAAUCCACAAAGAAGAUCAAGUCAAAACCAGCUUCUGAUGAUCUAGCAUCUACUGGAGUAAAGAAACAGAAGGGUUCCAGUUCAGGCAGUGGAAAAGCUAAGACAAGAAAAUCCACCAAGAAGAUCAAGUCAAAACCAGCUUCUGAUGAUCUAGCAUCUACUAGAGUAAAGAAACAGAAGGGUUCUAGUUCAGGCAGUGGAAAAUCUAAGACAAGAAAAUCCACCAAGAAGAUCAAGUCAAAACCAGCUUCUGAUGAUCUAGCAUCUACUAGAGUAAAGAAACAGAAGGGUUCUAGUUCAGGCAGUGGGAAAGCUAAGACAAGAAAAUCCACCAAGAAGAUCAAGUCAAAACCAGCUUCUGAUGAUCUAGCAUCUACUAGAGUAAAGAAACAGAAGGGUUCUAGUCUAGGCAGUGGAAAAGCUAAGACAAGAAAAUCCACCAAGAAGAUCAAGUCAAAACCAGCUUCUGAUGAUCUAGCAUCUACUAGAGUAAAGAAACAAAAGGGUUCCAGUUCAGGCAGUGGGAAAGCUAAGACAAGAAAAUCCACCAAAAAGAUCAAGUCAAAACCAGCUUCUGAUGAUCUAGCAUCUACUAGAGUAAAGAAACAGAAGGGUUCUAGUUCAGGCAGUGGAAAAGCUAAGACAAGAAAAUCCACCAAGAAGAUCAAGUCAAAACCAGCUUCUGAUGAUCUAGCAUCUACUGGAGUAAAGAAACAGAAGGGUUCCAGUUCAGGCAGUGGAAAAGCCAAGACAAGAAAAUCCACCAAGAAGAUUAAGUCCAAACCAGCUUCUGAUGAUCUAGCAUCUACUGGAGUAAAGAAACAGAAGGGUUCCAGUUCAGGCAGUGGAAAAGCUAAGACAAGAAAAUCCACCAAGAAGAUCAAGUCAAAACCAGCCUCUGAUGAUCUAGCAUCUACUGGAGUAAAGAAACAGAAGGGUUCUAGUUCAGGCAGUGGAAAAGCUAAGACAAGAAAAUCCACCAAGAAGAUCAAGUCAAAACCAGCUUCUGAUGAUCUAGCAUCUACUAGAGUAAAGAAACAAAAGGGUUCCAGUUCAGGCAGUGGGAAAGCUAAGACAAGAAAAUCCACCAAAAAGAUCAAGUCAAAACCAGCUUCUGAUGAUCUAGCAUCUACUAGAGUAAAGAAACAGAAGGGUUCUAGUUCAGGCAGUGGAAAAGCUAAGACAAGAAAAUCCACCAAGAAGAUCAAGUCCAAACCAGCUUCUGAUGAUCUAGCAUCUACUGGAGUAAAGAAACAGAAGGGUUCCAGUUCAGGCAGUGGAAAAGCCAAGACAAGAAAAUCCACCAAGAAGAUCAAGUCCAAACCAGCUUCUGAUGAUCUAGCAUCUACUGGAGUAAAGAAACAGAAGGGUUCCAGUUCAGGCAGUGGGAAAGCUAAGACAAGAAAAUCCACCAAAAAGAUCAAGUCUAAACCAGCUUCUGAUGAUCUAGCAUCUACUGGAGUAAAGAAACAGAAGGGUUCCAGUUCAGGCAGUGGAAAAGCAAAGACAAGAAAAUCCACCAAGAAGAUCAAAUCAAAACCAGCUUCUGAUGAUCUAGCAUCUACUGGAGUAAAGAAACAGAAGGGUUCCAGUUCAGGCAGUGGGAAAGCUAAGACAAGAAAAUCCACCAAGAAGAUCAAGUCAAAACCAGCUUCUGAUGAUCUAGCAUCUACUGGAGUAAAGAAACAGAAGGGUUCCAGUUCAGGCAGUGGGAAAGCUAAGACAAGAAAAUCCACCAAGAAGAUCAAGUCAAAACCAGCUUCUGAUGAUCUAGCAUCUACUAGAGUAAAGAAACACAAGGGUUCCAGUUCAGGCAGUGGAAAAGCUAAGACAAGAAAAUCCACCAAGAAGAUCAAGUCAAAACCAGCUUCUGAUGAUCUAGCAUCUACUGGAGUAAAGAAACAGAAGGGUUCUAGUUCAGGCAGUGGAAAAGCAAAGACAAGAAAAUCCACCAAGAAGAUCAAGUCAAAACCAGCUUCUGAUGAUCUAGCAUCUACUAGAGUAAAGAAACAGAAGGGUUCCAGUUCAGGCAGUGGAAAAGCAAAGACAAGAAAAUCCACCAAGAAGAUCAAGUCAAAACCAGCUUCUGAUGAUCUGAAGUCUACUGGAGAAAAGAAAAACAAGAAGAAGAACAAUAAGCAAGCAUCUGGCCAGGGUCAGACAUCUUACCAGAGCGAGAUAUCUUACCAGGGUCAAUCAUCUGGCCAAAACCAACAAUCUGGUCAAAGCCAACAAUCUGGCCAGAGUGAGACCUCUUAUCAGACCUCUUACGAGAGCCAGAGUUCCGGCCAGAGCCAGUCAUCUGGCAGUGAGUACACGUACGAGCAGUCCUCCUCCAGUGGGCAGCACAUCCAACAGGAGAUAUCGGUGUCCUACGGAAGCUUGUAUGGACCCCAGGCCAGCGCUGUGGCUGCUUGUAGCGGGCAGGGCGGGAUGGAACUGGCUGUCAUCUCGGAGAAGAUGAUCCAAGACAUGAUUGCUGAAGCCUUCCGGAACAACCAUGAAGGUGAUAUUUGGAUCGGCAGUAUGUCGAAUGAUGAGAAGAAGUGGUUCGAUGACACGCCAGUCACUUGGACCUGGUGGGCUGAUGAUAAGGGCGAUGGUGAUUGCUUGAUCAUGAGCGAAAAGGAUGACUACAAGUGGAAGCAUGCGCCGUGCACGGCUGAGAUAGCAUACUUUGCUUGCAUAUCAAGAGGACCAGAGACGGUCGUAAGUCGCAAGUGAGGAGGAGAAUUCAGCUUCUUGAAAGUUGUGAAUUCCAAGUAAUUUCUAGAAUUUACGUAUUUUGAAUUGUUUUGGCUUUUGUUUGCCUUUGACUUUUGGUGUCAUAAAAUAGUGGCAUGAAAUAUGUUUAAUUAUACAAUUCAGCAUUGAAAAGAAAUAUUGCCAUUUGAGGCACAGAAUUUCUGACUGAAUUUUUUGUUUUUUGAGCAGUUCUAUGCUUGCAUUGGGAUGGUUUAAUAUGGUAGUAACCUAUUUGUUUAGAUGGCAAGAAUUUUUUUGAUGGCCAAAUUUGUGGAAUUUGUUUUUUGAAGUUUUGCUUUAUUUCCAUGACAUUUUUCAUAUGAUUUGCAUUAACACAAACCGUCACCAAUCCUUCAAUCCUUCAAAAUCCUGCAGGAUAUGGCAAUAUUGAGGAUCUUUACAUUGGGUCUAAUGCCCAUUGACAGCUCAAAUACAUCUACAAAGAAUGUUACAAUUAAUUUACUGUAGGCUUGGGCGAUUCUGCACCAGAAUCGAUUAGAAUUGACUCCAAACUCUAAAUUGGAAUCGUGAGUCUGCCAUCUUGAGGAAUCAAAUCCCUGUCCAUGCAGAAGUUGUUUAUAAAUGACAUAACUGAUGGAAUCGUUUCUGAAAAAAUUGAAACUUAAAGUGCAUGUUCUUCGACUCCAUAAUUGCGUGGACGACGUGAAAUCAAAUGCAUGUUUUUUAUUUUAAUUUAAUGAAAAGCGAAUUCAUAAAUACCUAAUACAGUUUAUCCAUUCCUAUUGGUCGAGAGCCCGUCACAUGGCCUGUUUUAAACGGUUGAUAAAGACUGGCUGGCUGGUCUCAAACAGAUGUCCAGUGUCACAUGAAAUUUGGACUCCCAUGAAAUCCUGUGCCAGCACCAUUUUAUGGCUUGAACGUUCACAAUCCUCAAGUAGGCUUGUACAAUACUACCAUUGAGUCAGUGUAUUUCAUAGCCCUAAAUUCACACUUCACAGGGUACACCUGCAUUGUAAGCCACAUCAUGAAGUACGCGCAACGCGUUCGCCAAUCUCCAUUAUUGUAUAGCUACAGUAGAAGGGUAUUUUGUUGAUAGAAAUCGUUGAACAUAUAUAAUUUCUGACUUGUGGACAGAAAAGUUUUGAUUUUUUGAAAGAAAAAGGUAUUUAUAAAACAUGUGCUUGGUCGGUAUUAUACACUCUGUUUACGACCAGUCGGAGUCUGGAUGCUGAUAAUUACCCUUGCCUUCGGCUCUGGUAGUUAUCGGCAUCCAGACUCCAACCGGUCUUAAACAGAGUGUUUAAAACAUUUAUUCCGUUAUUCAUUUUCUACAGAUAAUCUAGCGAUUAACCACUAUUUGUAACCAAUAUUCACGUACAGGUGUAUUCAAUGUUAUUUUCGCCAGUGGAAAAAAUUGGAAUCGUUUCCAAAUAGAAUCCUGAUUCUUGGACGGAAUCAGAUUCGAUUACAAAAAUUAUUGGAGUUGCCCAAGCCUAGUUUACUGGUGGAUUCUGGAUGAUCCAGCAGUGUUCCUCACAAAAAGUUCAAAAUGUAGUUCAAGCUUGAUAUACCAAACUCUCAAGAUUAUUUGAUGAAGUUUGGACAAUGGUGGAAGUAUUUUGCGUUUUUACAAAGUCUUUUAAAGAUAAAAAAAAUUGCAUGUCAGUAUUUAUUCAGUUGUAAUUUAAAACAAAUAGCACGCAUGUUGCAUGAUUAAAGUUAUUAACAAUCUAAUUUCUGGGGAUUUUACAGUUACGUUGGAUUCAUUUGUUUUUAAGUGUUAAUUCUUUUGUUUUGAAAUGUUACUUAGUAUUCUGAUUGUAAUAAAAACGUAAUUUCAGUUGUGCACUUUCCUGAAUAAAUCCAGUUAAAGAAUAAGCAUGUGAAACAGCAUGAUAAAUGAAGGGAAUGCGGGAAUUAAAAAUUGAA